UUAUUGUUACUGUACGUGUUUAAUUCUUACUGUGUUUUGUAUACAUACAGCAGAUUCGUUUAUCUAGAAUUAUUAUGUAAUCAAUUAAAACAUUGUGUAUGUAAUAAGUAAUAGAUAUUACUUAUAGAAAAGUAUUGAUUGAUUAAAUUCUAGAAUAAAUUUCUAGCCGUUGUAAACAAUUAAAUUUAUAGGUACUCGAUUAAAAACAUAAUUUUCUAGGUAGGGAGGUUUUAAGUAGUUGUGUGGAAGGUACGAAAAUAAACAGUGUUACUUAUGACGCAAUGGUAGUUUAAAUAUAGUUGUGCCAAAGCAGCGCUUCGCCAACCAAAGAGGGUAGAGAUGCAAGAAGGAAAGAAAAAAAUAAAUAAAAAGGCCAUUCGCGGAGCGAGCUCGUCGUUUGCCAAGCGAGAUCUAAAAGAACUCGUUCACGUGUCUGCGAUGCGUUGACCCUUAUAUUCUGACACUUUUUCAAACUAGUUUGCGAAGUGCGUACAACGAUUUAAGGGCGGGGCCGAGCGGUGGAGGAUUACUAAAUCGUCUUUAUUAAGAUAUAGGAAAUGCGAGCGCCCUCUCGUCUAUACUAAAACACAAUGUCUAGUUUCGGUUUGUCGUGCAAACCAAGGCCCAGCGAUGCAGGAAUUUGUAACGAGUUGGGAUAUCGUGACAAGUAUCUGGAGGCCCUAUAUAAAACAUUACUGGCGGAAUGCCGAGAAAUGACCAAAGAGGACGACUGGAAGCGCGUGGAAGUUUUGGAAGUCGGAUCGGGAUACGGAGUUUCUACUUACCAGAUAUCGGAAUGUAUACCAGAAAUCAGAUCGGUUUUGGGUGUGGAUGCGGAUCCCGAAAUAGUCGACAGCGCUUUCGAGUUGCACGCGGACGAGAAGGUCGAUUUCGCUUGCGCCAAUAUCGAGGACAUCACCAGUUUUAAUAUCAAAUGGGCAGGAGCUUUCGAUUGGUUAUUUUCCACUCAUCCCCUUUUGUGGGCCAAAGAGCAGACUAACAUCUUGAGGAAUUUGAUGUGGUGCUUGAAACCCGGUGGUCGAUGUUUUUUCGCCGUUCCUGCGAGCAAACCGCCUGACGUACACUCGGCUGCUACUAGGGUAAUAAACUCGACUAACUGGAAGAAGUACUUUGAAUCGAUUUCUGACGUAGUCGCUGACUUGACGGACGAGAAUUUUAAUCGUUUGUGGUUCCAUCAUCCGCAAGCCGAUCGAGUGUAUUCGGCUCUGUUAGAACAAGUAGGAUAUCAGGUGUUACACACCAGACAAAUUCAAUUUCGAUACGUGUUCCUCACAGAAGACGAAUAUAAAGAAUGCUUGAAAGAGAUAUUCAGGAAACCCAUCGAAACCGUCCAAGAGAGCAAGAGGGCGGCGUUGAUUAAAGACCUGAUCAAAGCGGCCACCAAAAAAGUCAAGAAGACCAACAACAGAAAGUAUGUCUGGUCCAUACACUAUGUAGCGGUUAUAGCGAAAAGACCAGAUUAAAUUAAUCUCUCUUAAACAAAGAUUUCAAUUUUAGAUGUUUCACUAUUGAAUGUUGCUGAAUUUUCAUUUAAGAUAUUAAUAAAAAUUAAGUAUAUUUAAAAUUUUAUAUAUAUAUACAUACAUA